AUGGCCAACGGGUCUGAGGCCAAGAUUCCAGAGAUGGUGAACCAAGUCUCUCACAGUCUUGACCCUGCGCUGCAGCCAGAGCAUCAACACCAGCACGCACACCAUCAUCACACGAUAUUCGCCGAGCAGGGACACCAAGAUGACGUGGUUUACUCCAACGACGCGUCAAUGGAAAAAGGAAUUGUUCCCGAGCCCUCUGCCUUGGACCACACCGUCAAAAGUCUGAGUCGAAGCGAGGACGAAGAAGCAGGAGACUCGCAGCCUACAACGCGAUCGUGGCAUCGGCGCAUCACCAAGCACUGGCGCCCAAUCACGCAUGCCAUCAUCUGGUUGCUGUUUACCGGCUGGUGGAUCGCCAGCUUGGUUCUACAUCGCCAUGAUAAGAACUGGAUCAUUCCUUUCCUGCUCUACCUCGCCAUCACGCUGCGCAUAAUUUUCUUCUAUGUCCCCAUUUCAAUCGUUACAAGACCCAUGUACUUCAUCUGGGCUCGUACUGCACGACCCGUUGUCGCCAUCAUCCCCGAGAAGCUGAGAUUACCAGCCGGUGCCCUUGUGACUAUCGCAACAAUCUUGAUCGGCUCAUUCGCAUCCCCCACCAGUGCCACGAACAACCGUGCGGAUCGUGCUGUCAGUCUGUUCGGUCUAGCCGUCUUCCUGGGCAUCCUAUAUGCCACUUCGCGAAACCGCAAGAAAAUUGUAUGGCACACCGUUAUCGUGGGCAUGCUCGUUCAGUUCCUCGUUGCGCUCUUCGUGCUGCGCAGUGGAGCAGGCUACGAUAUCUUCAACUUCGUUGCUACUCUCGCCCGUGAUCUGCUGGGCUUCGCCUCAGAUGGAGUAGUCUUCCUCACUGCCACGGACUUCUAUGACAUGACCUCCCCAAUUGAGCCGAGCACCUGGUUCCUUGUCAGUACCAUCCCGGCAAUUAUCUUCUUCGUCUCCGUCGUUCAGCUCUUCUACUAUAUUGGUGUUCUGCAAUGGUUUGUCGUGAAGUUCGCCAAGUUCUUCUUCUGGACUAUGCGUGUCUCUGGUGCCGAAGCUGUCGUCGCUGCUGCAUCGCCCUUCAUCGGCCAGGGUGAAUCGGCUAUGCUGAUCCGUCCUUUCGUCCCACAUCUCACAAUGGCGGAGUUGCACCAGGUCAUGACUUCUGGUUUCGCAACUAUCGCGGGUAGUGUUCUCAUCGCCUACAUUGCUAUGGGUGUUAGCUCCCAGGCUCUUGUCUCCUCCUGUGUCAUGAGUAUCCCUGCCUCGCUUGCUUGCUCGAAGCUGCGCUGGCCUGAAGAGGAAGAGAGCUUGACAACCGGACAGGUCGUUGUGCCCGAUACCGAGGAGCACAAGGCCUCGAACGCGCUUCACGCUUUCUCCACUGGUGCCUGGCUCGGUCUUAAGAUUGCCGCUAUGAUGGGUGCCACUUUGCUCUGUAUUAUCUCCCUCAUCGGUCUGGCUAACGGCCUUUUGACCUGGUGGGGCCGAUACUUGAACAUCGACAACCCACCCUUGACCCUUCAGUUGAUCCUCGGUUAUAUCUGCUACCCGAUUGCGUUCUUGCUGGGUGUCUCGCGCGACAAUGAUGACUUGCUGAAGGUCGGUCAGCUAAUUGGCCUUAAGAUCAUCUCUAACGAGUUCGUCGCUUAUCAAGAUCUCCAAAGCGAUGCUUAUAGCACCCUCUCUGAGCGCUCUCGUCUUAUCGUUACCUAUGCUCUUUGUGGAUUCGCCAAUAUCGGUUCGCUGGGUAACCAGAUCGGUGUGCUGUCGCAGAUCUCCCCUGGACGCAGUGGAGAUAUCUCGCGUGUUGCUUUCAGUGCGAUGGUCACUGGUGCUCUGAGUACUUUUACCAGUGCAGCUAUCGCAGGUAUGCUUAUCACCAAUGAGAAGAUGUAUACCUAG